GCGUGGGGAGGGCGGGCGCGCGAUCGAGGGAGGUGGGCGCUGGGUUGGCGCUCCGGGGACCCGGCGCUGCGCCUCCAGUAGAGGCGCCGCACAGCAGAGGGGGCCGCCGUGGCCGCCGCAGAGCGUGCGGGGGCUCGGUCUGGCGGCGGGCAGCUGAGGGGCGACUGCGCCCGCGCAGCAGAGCCGAGUGGAGUGGAGCGCGCAACCUGACCGCCGCCGCCUGGCAUAUGCCAUCACCGCCACAAAGAGCUCGCUGAGCUCAGGCGACGGAGCUCCCGGGGCUGCGCGGCACAGGAGGCUCUGCGCGGCGGACCCGGGGGGGAAGGGACCAGACUGAGGAUGGCCCGGAAGAGAAAGCCCCCCAGCAGCCAGGAAAUAACAGAGUCUGAGGAUCAAGAUGUGGGUGACCCAAGGAGGUAUGACCCAGAUUUCCAGGGACCUACUGCCAAAAGGACUUGUACGGACGUUUUAUGCUGUCUGAUCUUCCUACUGUUUAUUUUGGGCUACGUUCUGUUAGGACUCUUGGCUUGGGCCCAUGGUGACCCCAGGAAAAUGGCCUAUCCUACGGACAGCCAGGGACAUUUUUGUGGCCAGAAGGGAACCCCCAAUGAGAACAAGACAGUUUUGUUUUACUUUAACAUCUUUAGAUGUACCAGUCCUUCUAUGAUGCUCCGGCUACAGUGCUCUACCACACAGAUCUGUGUCUCCAGGUGCCCAGAGAGAUUCCUCACCUACUUGGAUAUGCAAUUUUUGAACAAAGAAGACAAAAACUACUGGGAAUACUAUCGCCAAUUCUGCAAGGCCAAGGCCAAGCCUGUGGAGACUCUCAGAGAUCUUCUGAUCAGUGGUGACUGUCCCUUAGCUGUGUACCCAAGCAGACCUUUUCUGCAGAGAUGUAUACCUGACCUUUCAGCCCUCAAUGGUACCUGGACGCCAGGAAGUAGGAUGAAGUUUGAAGAUGGAAGUGGGCAGACCAGGACUAUGCUAGAAUUCAGGGAGGCUGCGAACGGCAUUAGUGAUCUGAUCAAUGCCAGGACGAUUGGAUUGAAGCUGCUUGAAGACUAUGCUACCUCGUGGAAGUGGAUUCUCAUCGGCCUGACUGUUGCCAUGGCACUGAGUUGGACUUUUUUAAUACUCCUGAGGUUCACAGCUGGGUUCCUCUUCUGGUUCUUCAUAUUUGGUGUGCUCGGAAUUAUAGGAUACGGAAUAUGGUACUGUUUUCUGGAGUACAGCAGCAUUCAGCAGAGGCCACAGUCAACGUUCUGGAUGUAUGGCUUCGGGAUUCAGAGGAGAGUAAACAUGUUCUUUCACUUGAAGGAGACCUGGUUUUCAAUGAUGAUCAUCUUGUCUGCCAUUGAAAUCAUCAUCAUCAUCGUCCUGAUCUUCCUCAGGACUCGGAUCCAAGUGGCCAUCAUCCUGCUGCAGGAAGGAAGCAAAGCCAUUAGCUACCUUCCCAGUGCGUUAAUCUACCCAGUUUUAACCUUCAUCUUGCUAUCAAUCUGCAUUUCCUACUGGGCUGUGACAGCCGUUUUCUUGGCUACAUCAGGGGUACCAAUAUUCAAAGUUAUGGUCCCAGCGGGGCAAUGUAUAUAUGAAGAUGAAACUUGUGACCCAGAGAUUUUUCCUUAUACUAACAUUCCCAAAGACUGCCCCGGUGCAUCGUGCAACUUUGCUUUCUAUGGCGGAAGGAGCAUGUACCACAAUUACAUCCUGACCUUCCAGGUCUACAACCUCUUUGCCUUCCUUUGGCUUAUAAACUUUGUCAUUGCGUUGGGUCAGUGUGCCCUGGCUGGUGCCUUUGCUUCCUAUUACUGGGCCAUGAAAAAACCCGACGACAUCCCGCCAUACCCACUCUUCACUGCGUUUGGGCGAGCAGUACGAUACCACACGGGGUCUCUGGCCUUUGGAUCUUUGAUCCUUGCAUCCGUUCAGAUGUUUAAAGUGAUCGUAGAAUACCUGGACAGGAGACUCAAAAAGGCUCAGAACAGUGCUGCUCAGUUCCUGCACUGCUGCCUACAGUGCUGUUUCUGGUGUUUGGAAAAGAUGGUGAAGUUUUUAAACAGAAAUGCCUACAUCAUGAUUGCAUUAUAUGGCAAAAACUUCUGUGAGUCAACAAGAGAUGCUUUCUAUCUGCUCAUGAGAAACAUUCUGAAAGUCACAGUUACAGAUGAAGUCACGUACUUUGUAUUACUCCUGGGAAAAGUCCUGGUUUCUGGGAUUGUAGGUGUCUUGGCCUUCCUACUCUUCACAGAAAGACUACAAAUAAUUGUAGAUGGACCAACGACUUUAAAUUACUACUGGGUCCCCUUCCUGACUCUUGUGUUUGGAUCUUACAUGAUUGCUCACGGAUUCUUCAGCGUCUAUUCAAUGUGUGUUGAAACCAUUUUCAUCUGCUUCUGUGAAGACCUGGAGAGGAACGAUGGAUCUGCAGAGAAACCUUACUUUGUAACACCCAGCCUGCACAGCAUCCUGACCAAGAAGCGUCCGGGUCCCCAGAGAUAGAGUAGAGAAGCUCCACACAGGAGCUUUGUGAAUUAGGUUGACGGCAAUAUGAAAAUGUUGCUUUAGAGCAGUAUUUCUGCUGGCACUUGGUACCAUCUGAGGGACCAGGCAUUUGAUAGUGGCCUCAUUGACUUUGCAGACUGCGGUCCCAAGUGCAAACACCUGUAGCCGACAAUGUUUUAAUAACUUUUAUAACUUUGCUAGCCUUUCUUUUUUUUUUUUUUAUAAGUGUAUGUUUGUAAAGGGUAUUCAGGCAGUUUUUUUUACAACACUAUAAAUGUGUGAUCAAUUAGCCAUAAAAAAUAUUGAGUUGUAGUUGACCAGCAUAUGGUACUGAAUUUGUAAAUAUGCUGCUAUGGUUAUAGUUACUGUUGAAGCCGGUGAACAACUUUCUAAAACUGUGAUUCAACUUGUGUUCCUGGUUUCCUAGAAAGCAUAUUUCAAGUGGGUGAGUUAGUCCGUGACAAGCUGUAGAAGGGCAGGUCCUGUGGGCUCAGCACUAAACCUGCUGCAGGUGGACCGAGCCUGGAGCCUCAUCUCUGUUUUAUCGAAAUGAGACUCAUGCUUGGUUGAAGUCGGAGUUUGGGGAUAACCUCUCCAUUACUGUGAAGCUCUGGCCACCUGAGAAUAUCUGAACAGAGCAGAAAUGGCUGCCUCCCUCACCUCUCGCCUCCCCUGAGCUUCCUCACACAGUCAUGCAGAAGGCCCGUGGAUUCUCCUUUGCAUGGGCACGCCCAGGCACAAGGUCGAAGUUCGACUUUUAGUGAGGGAGGAAAUCGGAUGAAGGUUCAGAGCAGUGGCCUCCUAUCAGGUUCAGAGCAGUGGCCUCCUAUCAAUCAGGUAUCGCUUCUGGUGCUUCCUGGGGCUAUGCAUGUUUCAGAUCAAGAGUUCUUGCAUCACCACAGCCCCAGGGCUUAGAAUGGAAGCUGGUUUGUUGUGGCCAUGCCUAAAUCUCACACGGUGCAGAAAAGUGGGAAUUGGAUUCGCACGCGUUGCAUGCUUUUCCCUGUGUGUAGAAUUGGGCCAAGUAUAAAGAGGCCCUCCACAGAGCACAGGGUUAGCCGGUGCCCUUUUGGUUUUGACACUAAACUCACGUCAGAUUGUCUAUAUAUUAUUAGUGCAAUGUGUGGCCAUCAAUAUAGCCCACGCAUUUGAGAGUCUGAAAUAUAUCCUUGUGUUAUAAGUUGAUAUAAAUGCUAAUUUUCUUACCCUGAAGUGUGCGAACCUAGAUUUAGAAUGGUGGUAUGGCAUCUUCCUACAUAGAACCAGUAAUUCCAGAAGGUUUUCGAAGUAUUGGUCCACAGGAGUCACUAGCUUCUUCUUGGCUUGCUUUAUUGAGAUUAUUAGUCCCAAAUGUCACCUGUCAUUUUCUUUUUCCUUGAUAACAGAGAAAAGCAAUCACUUAUCUAUUUUUCUUGCAUUUUAAUAGUAUUUUAUUUACAGCCAUGCAAGGACCUCAAUAAAAAUCUAUGGCAAUGGUGACAUAUAGUGAGCCUGUAGCUAGCUGCAGGGUCUACCUAACUCACGAGCUUGUGUUAGGAUGUGGACCACUCUCUGGACCAUGAUAAGACCCUCUAGUUGAUUCAGAUACAUGCAAAAGUUGUGAAGUUGGCUAUAGAUCAGAUAUAAGAAAUUAUCUGUCUGGUUUGCUGUGUUAUAGUAUACUCCCACUCAGAAAAAUAGUCUCCGUUUGUUACUUCUAUAAUUAAAAUGCAUACAGUAAGAAUGAAUGUUGUUUUUGAGAAGAAUUUUAGAAGCCAUUUUUCUUACACAGCAAUUAAAGUUUUUUGAAACACAGAGCAAUAUUUCCAGAACUGUUUAUGGAAGGAUUUGAGAUCACACACAAAGGUCUCUUUGCCGAGGCUUUACAAUCUAAAUUGCCAUUGGCCAAACAAAGGCAAUUUGGAAAUAGAUGCUGUAAUUUAGAAAGUGAAUUUGGAUGGGGAGUAAAUGUUAUUUCUUAAGUCAUUCUAUGGAAAUGCUUGAACUGUCGCCAGAACUGACCUGGGACACAGAAUGAAAUGAUAUCUUAUCGAUGUAAUAAUAAGGGCUGAUUGUUUUCUCAUAGCUGUUUACAAUGAACGCUGAUGCUGUCUAAAGGAGCGAUGUUUGGCGUUGCUGUGCAGCGGGUGGGCAGCAGGUGGCGAUGUUGCUCCUCCCACCGCUUCGCUGCUCUAUUGACUUUGCCCUCCUCCCUCCUAGUGGAAGACCUAGAAAGAAACGAAGGCUCUCCUUCAAGACCCUAUUUCGUGACUCCGGCUCUAAUGAACAUUUUGCUGGAGCAGGGCAAGAUCAAGAAGCAGUAGGAGAGCCAGCUGGAUAUCCUGCUGCCUGUGUCGCCUCCCACACUGUAUCCGUCCAACACACCUUCCCGUAGUGCUUUGGUUGGGGACGUUCGUAUCCCCGCCUUGCUGGCUUGCUUUUGCAUCUUAUACCAAAGCCCCACACUGUAGCCUGUGAAGCCAUCAGAAGUCACAAGGGGAUUGUUAAUUACAUGCAACAUUUUUAUACUAAGAUCUUUCGUUUUGUAAUUUAUUAUUAUUAUUAUUAUUAUUAUUAUUAUUAUUAUCAUUUUUACAGAGAGUGACUUGGAUGUUUUGAAAAAAAUAUUGAAUACAUUCAUAAUCUUUUUAAUAGUAACUCCAUGAAGGAUACAUGAUCUAAAUUGAUAGCUCCUAGUGUAUUUUUAAAGACGACAACUAAAAGACUUCUGUAGGGAAAAUUGGUAAUUAAAGCAAGAUAAAUGUUUUUUAAGGCCCUUCCCCGCCUCCUGUUUGACAGUCAACGGGUUAAGCGGACCACCCGCUUUGGUCUUUGCAUCCUGUGAGAGCUGCCAGUCAGUCCUUCAGCCCUUACCACUCAAUUCUCUCAGUGCCUUCCUGGCUGGUCAGUACUUCCCGGAUCUUGUGAGCAAGUGGACAGACCUCGUUUGAAAGAAAUUAAACUUUAAACCCUGCAAUGCUGAGUGAUGACAAGUCUCAUGCUUCUUUUGUUUUGUUAUUUUUGUUUUGUUUUUGAUGUUUUGUUUGGCUUUGUUUUGUUUUGUCUUGCUCACUGACUGGACUCCACUAGCCAUGACACUACCUUUGAUAUCCUCCUCAUCAAAGGAGUACACUGUGUGAUACAAACAAUUCCCCUUGUGCCUAGUGGAUAUUCACAAAUGGGUGCCACACGCAACACGCAACACGCAAAGCAGCCUGAACGAACAUGUGUUGGAUUUGUCUUUGUUUUUACUAAAAGAAGUUUUAAAGUAUAAUCUUUUCUAUAGCGGUUCCUUUGAAAUAUGGGUCGGCAUGCACACGUCUGGUGUCUCACCCAUACCUGAAGGGGAAGCCUGUGGGAGUUUCACAGGGCAACUUUCCCUCUGAGGGGAAGCUGUGUGCUGGGCUGGAAAGCCCCAUUACCUGUGGCUCUUCUAUCCUGUUAUGGAUUGUCAGUUCCACUAACUUUUAUACGAAACAACCUGUUUACCUGUCAGUUUUUUAUUGUGCCAAUAGAAACUGGAACGGUUUUUAAUUCAGUUUUGAAUAAUUUUAUGAGGAUUGCUAAGUUUUAGGAGAACUUGACUCAGUUCACCAACUCAGCAAGUCACCCGAGAAGGGGAUCAGUGAGAGUCAAUCAACAAUACCUACUGUUGUUUAUUGAUGGUUUGUUGAAAACUCACUUUAGAUACCUUUAUACCAAAAAGCUCCCACUGGCGCCUUGCAGUGUGGGCUCACCACCCCCUACCCCCACCCCACGCCACGCCUGGUGGUUUGGGCUCUGCUGAGCCCAUGGUGGUGUGGGUUGUGUAGUUAGUGUGUCUCUGCUAUGCAGGAACACUGAAAGCAUAGGGUCUAAAUACCUUUGAUAGAUAAAAUGGUUGAUAUUUAAUAAAAUUUGUUGGUACUUAUUGUAUAUUUGGCUUCUUCUAAUAAAGAUUUCCAUAAGAGACAAAUAAAA